GAUUUCUUCCUCUCUACUUUUUCGCCACCAUCUCUCUCUCUCUCUCUCUCUCUCUCUCUCCUUCUCUGAGUUCCGACUAUGUCCGGUGAAAACUGGAUUCGAGUGGCCAUGUCUGACGAUUCCUUGGUGGCGGAGGCGCUUCUUCGGCUCCGCCACUCCGAACCAAAGAAGAGCGUCGACGCGUCUCCUCUCAAGCUGAAAUGGAGCGUCCGUCAACGGAGAUCGAAGAAAGGAGACCAGACGCGAGCCAGCCCCACCACACCGCUUUCCUGGAGCGGUGCCACGUCUCUUAGCGGCGGAGGCGGCAGCGGUGGAAGCGGCGGCGGUGCUACCACCGUGGAAGGCCUUGAGGAGUCUAGCGCCGCCGUAAAACCCUUUGAGCCCUUUAGAUCUAAGAUUUCUCAAACGAGUGCAAUAACAACAACAACCCUUUUCAAGAGAUCAAGAAAGAAAAAGACUUUGGCUGAGCUUAAAGAAGAAGAGAUCAUGCUCUUGAAGGAGAGUAACGGCCUGAAAAAUGAAUUGGCAAGUAUGCGCGAUUUGGUCGAGCAACAAAGAGCAAGAAACAAUGCUCUUAAGAAGAUGAAGGCUGAAUCAAAAUCUGCCUUAUCUUGCAAACACUCUUUCGAAAAAGGUUCCUCCUUCUUGCUCCCUGACCUAAACAUGCCUCUAGAUAACGACCCGAGCCCUGAAGUUGUCUGCUGAAGGGGGGAGCCAUAAGCAUAUCAUUCUUUUGUUUUUCCCAUCACACAACUAUACCACUAUACCUCCUCCCACAAACAUGUCUUUUAACUGUAACUAUAUGAACAUGAAGAACGUAGAUUAAUCCUAUAUAUCCUUCACCCAUUUCCCGUGGACGCUGAAGAAGAUUCGCCUGAAGGUGAAGUUUAUGGUUAAGUGUUUUCUGACAUAUCUUCUUGUUUAGCUGGUAGUAAGAUUUUUGCUCUGCCAUUCUCCUAAAUGAUUCUUAUGUUUCUCCCAUUUUCUUAGGAUGAGAUGUAAUUAUCUACUUAGAUAAUAGAUGUACACUUUUUUUUUUGUUCUUCCUUAUUAUCUCUAGUAAGAUGUAUUGCAACUUGGCCUACGUCGACAUUUAUAAUCAAUGUAACACGUUCCAAAACAUUUUACUAUUUUGUAAUAUGAUUGAUGGACUAUAAAAUAUGUUGCAGUCU